AUGCCCGACCCCGAGCCAACGUUGGCCUUGUCCAAGGAACUAGCCGAAUUUCUCCAACGGCACGGGCUGAAACCCGCCCAGGAACCGGAUGACCGAGGUACCGCGAUCCAUCUCGCUGUCCGCAAGGCAAAUGCAAGCUUCGUUGCGGAGCUCCUGCGCGUCUACCGCGGCGACUGUGUCAACGCGGUGGACAAGCGCCGCAUACGGGGGCGCACGCCGCUGCACAGCGCUGCGUCCCUGGGCCUCAACGACAUUGUCGCCAAGCUGCUCGAGCAAGGGGCCGACGUGAAUGCGCGAACAAGAAGGCGCUGGACCGCCCUCAUGCUCGCCUCGGAAGCGGGCAACGCCGAAACAGUCAGGAUGCUCUUGAAGCACGAGGCCGACAUGGACGCCCAGAGCGACCCCGCCGGAGACAGGGGAUCCGUGUCGGCCCUCCAUCUUGCGGCAGAGCGCAGCUCCCCUGCCACCCUUCUGCAGCUCCUAUGGCACGGCGCAGACGUCGGGAUCGCCAACAGCCAGGGGGACACGCCGCUGCACUUUGCCGUCGGAGCCUUGUCUGGCGCGGCCUUUCUGUUUCUCCUCUUCCACGGGGCAGUGAGCGCCGUCGUCAACAAGCAAGGCGUUUCGCCUCUCCGCCUCGUGCAAGAGCUCCCGGCGAGACACCAUGGCAUCUUUGAGCACCACAUGGGCUGUUUCGUGGCUGGAGCGAAGGAGCAGUUCCUGGCCUGCGUGAACCACGACGUGAAUAGCCCGGAUCUCCCCAGAGCCAUCCACAGGGCUGUGGAGAGGGACAUGAAGGGCGCUCUCGUCUACUUUCUGCACAUGGAUCGAUAUCUCAAGGAGGUGAAGAGCCCCGGGGGUUGGUACCGUCCGCUGCACGUGGCCGCAAGACUGGGACGGACCGAGCAAGCGCGGACCCUCGUCCGCCAUGGAGCAGAAGUCGAUUGCAAAACCAAGCGAGAUUGGACACCCCUCAUGCUGGCUGCCGAGCAUGGCCACGGGGAAAUCGUCCAGCUCUUGCUGCAAAACGGCGCGAGUGUCUUGCUGAAGAACAAGGACGGCAACACCGCCGCUCUUUUGGCCCGGAGGUCCGGUCUUGCCAUACCCGGGCUAUUGCUGCCUGCAUUUCGGCACGUUCCCAUCAGUCAGGUACCCAGAUCUGGCGAUUCCAAACCCGAAAACGUCAACAAAAGCGGCAGCAACAUGUUGCCUGUCCCAAAGCGCGGCAAAGACAGCAGAGAGCCAUCCCCAGGAUGGAGCGCGGAACCCGAAGGCGAGCUGUUCAGCGUCACCGACGCGACAUUUGGUGAUUCGUCCAGGAUCGCUCCUCAAAACUCCGACUACGUUGAGAAAUUACUGUCGAGCCUGGAGCGCACCUGGUAUGAACGAGUUCAAUGGUGCCCCGAAGACGACAUCGGAAAGAGCCGUGAAUCAGAUUGGUCCGGUCCGGUGAAAAUCGCCAUUCUCGACACGGGUAUAGACCUUGACCACGAGGACUUCCAGCGUCCCGCCAGACGCAGGUCGAAGAUUGGAAAAGCAGCCGUCAGAAGGCUACCCGAACAGCCCCAAAGGGAAAGAAUCAAGGCAUGGAAGAACUUUGUGGGAAAACCAGGAGAGGAAGCAGAUGUGACCGACACGAUUGGUCACGGAACCCACAUCGCCGGAAUCGUGCUGGCUAUUGCACCGCGGGCGGAGCUCUACGUUGCCAAAGUAAGCUCCGGGGAAGACCAGAGCAGAGCCAAGAAAAACGCCGACGACUCGGGGGAGAGCCCGAGAAGGACGUCGGGGCGGCCUGUGCAAGAGGCUCUGCAGUGGGCGAUUGAUCAAGGGGUCGACAUCAUCAACCUGUCGCUGGGUUUCCCCCACGAGAGCUCGUACGAACUGACCAAGACGUUGGAGGAGGCAAACUACAAGGACAUCAUUGUCCUGGCCGCCGCCGCGAACCACGGCAAUCGAGAGGCGAUCUCGUGGCCCGCUCGGGAUCGCGACCUGUCCCUGUGCGUGACGUCCGGCGACGAGUACAACAACCUGUCCCGGUUCGCGCCGGGCGCCAGCAAGGAUCUGCCCGUCUUCAUCACCCACGGAGAGCACGUUUCGAGCCAGUGGCCGACAAACCUAGGGGGCGGGUUCCGCUCCAUGAGCGGCACGUCUGUCUCCACGCCCAUCGCCGCGGGCAUGACGGCCAUGAUUCUGGCCUUCCUCAACACGACGAGCGCUUGGUCGCCGGAGCAGAAGAGACAGUGGCUGGACAGGUCAACGGAGCGGCGUCUGCGGGGCACAAGGGGUAUGGGGAGGCUUUUGGCUCAUAUCUGUCGCGAUCGAAGUGGCCUCAAGGUGCUUUCGCCGAAGCUUUUGUGGGAGGAAAAUCCCGAGGCUGGCCCGCUGAAGGCUCUCAGCCUCGUCUCGCAAGCCUUUACGCUUCCCGGCUAA